CUUUUCACUAUUGAAUACAUAUUUUUUUUCCUUAGCAAGACUGGUAGGGAAUUUGAACCCCCGACCUCAUUGUCAGGGUGGGGAGCUUUUGUUGCGGAACUGGGGCGCCAACCCUAUUAUAUACGCACUUGCAUGCAUAUUUUACAGGGAUCUUAGUCUUGUCAAAUGUAGAUGCGCUUGUAUUCUCAAACAUUGUUGAAACCUGUUGUCUAUUCAUCAACGAUGAUCCAAAGGCUUUGAUGCUAAUGAUUGUGAUCGAUCAAAAGUUUCUGUCCUAAAUAUUUGAGGAAUGGUGUUCACAUGAAGUUAGUAUUGACAUUGGAUUUUCUGGAUUUGGAAUCAGAGUGGUGGGCCACUAGCUGUCUGAUACUCUGUUGAGAGACCAUUAUGGAUCAUGCGGUGGCAGGGGUCAGGCCCUUCUGUUUUGCAGAUGUAUAUGACAGAAAAGUCAUCCCUUUACACGCUGGAGUGCCGUGGGGUCCACCUAGCUAGCAAGCCAUCCAUUAGCGCCGUUGAUUUCCAAUCCGUCUCAACAACCUCUUGCACACGUUUCAAACUCACAUGGGUUACGUAUGUCAUGUUUUCUUUCUUUUUCUUUCUUUCUUGUAUGAACGUAAUCAUUUGCAUUACAUUAUUCUUUAGACCCGAAAGUCUUCAAAUCAUACGGCCAUCAAUUUUCAACCCAGAUAUUAAAAAAAUUCUCUCCAAAGGAUUCUUGGGUCUCCAUCAAGCCAAAGUUUGCGUUACCCUGUCAUGUUAUACUGUAAUUUGUUAAAAGCCAAAAGUACCCAAAUCUCCAAUAUCUUCUGAGAGUAUAGAAUAUUAGUAGGAGAGAGUAAAAAUGCUUUGGAUUGGAUAGGAUUUCAUUUUCAAGAAACUGUAGUUGGCUGAUGCAACUACUUCCAUUUUAGCACCUACAGCACACAACCCAAACAGUCUAAAGCUGAGAAAACCCCACAUGGCUAGCUAGAUCUAUCUUACCAGACUCGUCUGUGAUCUGUCUAGUAGACAUUCUCUCUCUCUCUCUCUCGAUCGAAAAAAACCCCCCCAUUUUCAGUGUAAAGGUGAAGCCUAUCUUUAUCUUCUUGUACUGUAUAUUCCACCAUCCCAUGAAAAAGUGAUGACCUUUUCAAUCUUCACACACCAAACCCAGAUCUUGGGUUUGUGGGUUUGGCUCACUUGCUCAAUCCAAGAAAGUAAACUGUAAAAAGUGAGAAGCACAAUGCUUCUUAAGCUAGUACUUGGACUAACUUCAACAAUCUUCUUCAUCGUUCUCCUUCUUGUACUAGUCUUCUUCUGUCACAAACGAAGAUCCAAACAUGACCAGAAUGACAUUGAAAGCAUUGGUGGUGAGAAACGGGGAGAUCAAGAGGCAAGUAGUGAGGAGGAUUUGUUGACUUUCCAGGGCGGCCAGGACCUCACAAUCUCUGACAUUCUUGAUGCUCCUGGAGAGGUGAUUGGGAAAUCCAACUAUGGAACUCUGUACAAGGCUUUGUUGCAGAGGAGUAACUCAGUUAGGCUGCUCAGGUUCUUGAGACCACCCUGCACUGCCAGAGUGAAAGAGUUUAGGGAUGUGAUCCAGUUCUUGGGGUGCAUUAGACAUCCCAAUUUGGUUCCUCUUCUGGGAUUUUAUGCAGGACCCAGAGGAGAAAAGCUUCUUGUUAAUCCAUUUUGUAGGCGUGGUAAUUUGGCUCAGUUUAUCAAAGAUGGAAAUGCAGAUUCUCACAAAUGGACCAACAUUUACAAGAUCUCCAUUGGUAUUGCCAAAGCAUUGGAUUAUCUUCAUACAGGAUUGCAAAAGCCAAUAAUUCAUGGAAAUCUGAAGUCGAAAAACAUAUUCUUGGAUCGCAAUCACCAACCAUAUAUCUCAGAUUUUGGUCUCCAUCUUCUUCUGAAUCCUUCAGCAGGCCAAGAAAUGCUUGAAGCUUCUGCUGUUCAGGGUUACAAAGCUCCUGAGCUUAUCAAAAUGAAAGAUGCUUGUGAGGAGACUGAUAUAUACAGUCUAGGAGUGAUCUUGCUGGAACUACUUUCAGGGAAGGAACCCAUCAAUGAAAACCCAACAACCCCAGAUGAAGACUUUUAUCUACCGACAUUUUCGCAAAAUGCUGUUCUUGAUCAUAGAAUUACAGACUUGUAUCAUCCGGAUAUACUCCAGAGCAUUGCUGGCAAUGCCGAAAAUCCGGUCACCGAAGAACGGAUUCUCAGAUUCUUUCAGCUUGCCAUGACUUGUUGUUCUCCUUCGCCUUCACUUAGGCCAAACAUUCAGCACGUUCUAUGGAAGCUUGAAGAGAUUGGGAAGUAGGCUCUUGGCAUUGCAAGGAAGUUUGAUUUUGAUGAUUUGGUGGUAGGUCACUGCCCAUUUAAUCUUGGGUCAAAUUUCUAUAUCCAAGACUGAAGAAAUCAAUUCUUUCAUAGUCAGGACAUUAUAGCGAUGACAAAGAUGAUUUGGACAUAUGCUGGGGAAGGAAACAGGUGGGGAUUCAGUGGAAGCAAAAAAGGUUGAAAAUUUUGGCUUGGCAACAAAGGAUUGUGGAAUUGCUGAUAUUGACAUCUAUUGCUAAAGCUAGAGAAAAAAGUUGCUCAAUUAAGCCACCCCAACAAGGUAUGACUAUAGAACUAGUUGGUUAGUUUUUGUCAGAUUGCAGGAUUAAUUUAUUUGUAAGAAAGUAUCAUCAAAGAAAAAAAGAUGAGUGGAUCCCAAUUGGUCCCAGCUUGAUAUGUGGAGGCUUGUAAGUAUAUGGAAAAGAUGUUUCCACUUCUAAAGGGAACUGGUGAUGAUUAAUGUGACUUUAUACUUAGGAUUCUCAAUGCUAA